ACCCCCACCACACCUGAUGGCUCCGUCAAGAACGAAAAGAAAAAGAAGUCGAUCACAUCUAGACUUUUUGGUUCAAAGCGAAAUGGGCGUGAAAGCUCAGAAUCAGAGGGGGAUGGAGAAAGUGAGUUGGAGAAAAAGAUUGCAGAAAGGAAAAAAGCUUUCAUUGACGCAGCCCCGAUCAUGAGAAAGAGUUUUUCAGAAAGACAAUCAAGUCCAGGGAUUCAAAGCCUAAACUUAUCAAACUUUGAACAACACUCUAUGUUGCCAUCAACUGAGACUAAAGAAUUCAGGAUAUUCGUGGCGACAUGGAAUGUGGGAGGAAAGUCUCCCAACAAUGGCCUCAACCUUGAAGAUUUCUUGCAGGUUGAAGGCUCUUCAGAUAUCUAUGUGUUAGGAUUUCAGGAAAUCGUACCUCUAAGUGCUGGAAACGUUCUAGUGAUCGAGGACAACGAACCAGCUGCAAAAUGGCUAACCCUUAUAAGCCAAGCCCUAAAUAAACCCCAAAAUUCUUGCGCCUUUUGUUCUUCAGAUUCUUCGGGUCAUGGUUCCACCAAGUCAUCACAUAACAGUCUCAACUUUUUCCAAAAGCCUUCCCUCAAAGUUAUCAGCAAAAGCUUCAAGGCAGACAGUAGAAUUCUCAAGUCUUGCAACUGCCCCUUUGAAUUUCCAUCUCAUGAAAGGCGGCGGCUAAGAAAACUCAGUGAUCCACUCAAUAAACUAGACUCCUCUAAUGGUUCUUGUGAUGGUAGGGUAGACGAAUUUCUUGAAACUGCAGGGUUAGAAUCACCGCCUUCCUCAAACGAGAUGAGUUACUCUCUUCUAACAAGCAAGAAGAUGGUGGGGAUUUUCGUAUCAGUUUGGGUUCGAAGAGAGUUGGUAAAACACGUUGGCCAUCUUAGAGUCUCUACUGUAGGAAGAGGAAUAAUGGGUUACCUAGGAAACAAGGGAUGCAUAUCGAUAAGCAUGACGUUGCACCAAACAAGCUUUUGUUUUGUGUGCAGUCACUUGGCUUCCGGCGAGAAGGAAGGCGAUGAGCUGAAGAGGAAUGCUGAUGUGGUGGAGAUACUUAAGGCCACACAAUUCCCCAAGAUUUGCAAGAAUCCAAAUCGUCUUCCUUGCGAAAAAAUAGCUGACCACGAUCGGGUAAUAUGGCUUGGAGAUUUGAAUUAUCGUGUGGCUUUGAGCUACGAAGAAACAAGGGUUUUGUUGGAGGACAAUGAUUGGGAUGCACUUCUUGAGAAAGAUCAGUUGAAUAUAGAGAGAGAAGCUGGGAGAGUAUUUAACGGGUUUCAAGAGGGACAAAUCUACUUUGCCCCCACUUACAAGUAUUCCCAUAAUUCAGAUUCUUACGCAGGAGAAACUUCCAAGUCGAAGAAGAAACGACGAACCCCUGCAUGGUGUGAUAGGAUACUAUGGCGCGGUGAAGGUUUUGAACAGUUGUCCUAUAUUCGGGGUGAAUCGAGGUUCUCCGAUCACAGACCUGUUUGUGCUGUGUUUUCAGUUGAAGUGAACCUAAUUAGGAACAAAGGCAACAGAUUCAGAAAGGGUUAUUCGUGUGCUGCUCCAAGAUUCGAAUUUGAUGACUGCAUGCCACAAAGACACAGCUUCUAUGACUUCUAA